AAAUGAAGGAAAGCUUGGUGAUUGAAGACCAGCCUUGUUUUUCAUUUAGUGCUAGCGAUUACCAUAAGAGUGAACUGAAACUGGGCAAAAGGUCUGCUGACUUGGGCGACAACCUGCUGACCAGGCCUGGACAACCCACAGUUGCACGAAUACCGCCACCUAUUUUGCCAAGACCAUCACAGCAAACAGGAAGCAGUAGUUUGAGCACUUUCAGGCCAGCAUAUACUAGUUCUUUUUCUCCAGGCUAUGGUUCAUAUGGAACCUCUUUUUAUGGAAGCUAUAGUCCUUACAGUUACGGAUAUGGUGGUUUGGGUUAUAACCGCUUUCGUACAGAUGAUAUUCCUCCCAGCAGGUUUGUUCAGCAGGCUGAAGAGAGCAGCAGAGGUGCAUUUCAGUCCAUUGAAAGUAUCGUGCAUGCGUUUGCUUCGGUCAGCAUGAUGAUGGAUGCUACCUUUUCAGCUGUGUACAACAGUUUCAGAGCUGUUUUGGAUGUAGCCAACCACUUCUCCCGUCUCAAAGUACACUUCACAAAGGUGUUUUCAGCUUUUGCUUUAGUGAGAACUAUAAGAUAUCUCUACCAACGUCUACAGCGAUUACUAGGUCUGCGGAAGAGCUCUGAGAAUGAGGAUUUGUGGGCUGAAAGUGAGGGGACAGUAGCUCGCGUUGGCCUUGAAGACAAGGCGGCUAACUCCGCAAAAUCCUGGCCCAUUUUCUUGUUCUUUGCGGUUAUAAUGGGAGGUCCUUAUCUGAUUUGGAAACUGCUUUCUGCAUACAGUGAUGAAGAAACAGUAUCUAGUAACUGGGCAAGUGGAGAAGAUGAUCAUGUAGUUGGAAGAGCAGAAUAUGAUUUCAGUGCUCUCUCAGAAGAAGAAAUUUCUUUCCGUGCUGGUGACAUGCUAAAAUUAGCACCCAAAGAACAACAACCCAGAAUUCGUGGUUGGCUUUUGGCUAGUUAUGAUGGCCAAACAACAGGACUUGUGCCAGCUAAUUACAUCAAAAUCCUGGGCAAAAGAAGAGGUAGGAAAACAGUGGACCUGGAAAGAAUUACAGAGCAACGGCCAGCCUUUACCAGCACAUCUGUUAGAGGACCCACUGCUGCUGUGACUUUGGAGGAGCAGGAAGCUGCUUUUGAUUCUGUUUUUGCUGGAAGUAAUAAAGCUCCUGUUGCAUCUGACUCCACUAUCGUUAGUGGAGAGAAACAGGAACUCUAAUGCACUUUCAUCAACAAAGCAACUGAACUGUGCUUUAUUAAUAAAACUUAGGGUUUUGUUGAAAAUCUGUAUUGUAGUGGAACAUUAAUGGGUUUUUACCAGUUAUUGCUGCUACUGACUGGUGAAGGGAUGGGGAUAAUGAUUCCUCAAAUUCGUAGUAUUUAUUUUUGACUCACCUAAGGCUGUAUAUUAGUAAUUCUACCCAACCACCUGGCAGCAACUCGGAGAUCUUGAAAUGAGGAGAAUUGAGGCAUUUAUAACAAAGUAAACAAAAAAAGAAAUAGGGACUGCCAGCCUAUUCUUGUUAAGAAGGCAAA